AUGACACCCAACAUUGUCAAAGGAUCUAACUCCCUCCCUUCAGACCGGUACGACGACCCGAAUCAUCCAGCAAAUCAAGCCUCUUUUCAAGCAAAUAAGACAGAAAAGUCACAGGAGAGCGAUAUGUCUUCAGGAGGAAUGGAUGGAGACCAUGCUGGCAAGACUAUGGAUCGUGGCGCGAACGCAGCCACAAACUUGACUGAAAUGUCCGAGGGUAUACAUGAGGACGCAAAACAAACAGCUGGUGCUGGUCAGAAGGAGACCGGACAGGGUACCUCCGUCUUCGACGCCAACAAGGGUUCGAUAGGGUCUGCAUUCGCAAAAGACGGAAGUAUUGGUCAGAUUGGUGAGAAGGUUGGAGGACCGUUCUCUUCAGAGGGCAUGAUUGGCAAGAACUUCACUCAGGGCGGUUCGAUCGGAGGGACAUUCCAGAAGCUUGCGGACAAGAACCAGGAGCAUUGA